AUGACGGAUGAUCAGCAGAAGCUCAAGAUGGCUCUGGCAGUCGAAGAAGAAGAAGAAGUUAAAAGCAGUGACCAGAUGGAAGAAGAUAUCCAGACGCCUGUUUCUUUGUCCAAUGAUGUCUCUACGACGAGUCUUGGUGGACGAGUGCGUAAGACUACACAGAUGUUUACGUUCACGCAAGUCAAAAGCGACGAGGCAGACGAGUUUUUGCCUCCUGUAGGUAAAGGAUCCAAAGUGCGCGAUAUGGAGUUUGUCAGGAGUAAUGUCGAAGCCCUUGGCAAGAAGCAUUUAGAAAUGAUCAAGCAGCUGUACAGUAUCAUGUUCGGACGUCGUUUCAAGCAGAAGAAUGUGAAAGUGAUUAAGGAGCAUAUUCUAGACUUCUCAGGCAUCGUCGAGCAGGACGAGAAGUCUCGUGAGCAGCUGGUUGCCAAGAUGUGCAAGUGGAAGUUGAUCUUUGUUCACCAAGUGAUGGAUUUUUUGGCGAUAGAUCGUUCCAAGAAGUCUUUUGAUGAAAAGGGGAAGCCAUUAAACAAGGAAGGUCUCUUGGAACGUUUGGUUGAUUGGCUCUACAACCCUCAAGAGACGCAGCUCGGUGAAAAGAAAGCCAUGAUCGCUGCCAAAAAAGCGAAACAGAAAGCGAACAAGCGGGCAAAAACCACGAAGAAGAGCGAGAGUGAGUUACCGAAGAAGAAACGGAGGACUAUUAAGAGGAAAGGUGUUGUUGAAGAGGAAAAUCAAGACGAAAACGACGAUGAGUCGAUGGAGGCUGAGUCUUCUAGCGACAUUGAACAAUCGAAGAGGACAAUUAUGAAAAAGAAGACAUUUGCCCGUCAACCGAAGAAGUCGCGCAUUGUAGAAAGUGACAACGACGACGAUGAGAGAGAAAAUGAGAUGAUUUGCUCUGCCGAGAAGGAUAAGUUACAGUCUGGUGCCGAUAAGCCUGCGAAUGAGGUGAAUGGUGCCAAUAAUGAAGAAACCAAGUGCAAGGGAGAGAUAUUGGAUGCUGACGUCUGCAAUAAGGUCCGAGGCAUCAUUGCGAACGGCAACGCUGAAGAACUGACCGUGAAAAAGAUUAUACGUCAAUUGAGUGCUGAUUUAGGUCGUGAUAUGUCUGGACAAAAGAAAGCAAUCAAGGAGUUCAUUACAACCGAUUUGAUGGAGAUAUGA